AUACAUAUUUCAAUAGGUAAGUGCAUUUAAUUAGCACGUCAAAUCUUAUCUUUUGAUUUAUUUGUAUCUCUAACCUUGUUUAGAAUAAUACAGUAUACAAGUGUAGAUACCUAAUCAGGAUACUCACCUACAGUUGCGACAGUGCCAAAUGAUUAUUAACCACGUAUAUAGUUUAUUUACUUGAAUACAAUCUGAUGACUAUCAUAUACCAAAUGUAGAACUUCCAACCAUGGAGUGCAAUAAGUUUAAAAAAAUGAAAAAUGGAGCUCAUAGUGUAUCACCUAUAAUUGGAUUAAUAUUCAUUAUAAGCAUUUUCGGUUUAUACGGAGUUGUGUAUUUAAUUGAUGGUAUAUUACCAAAAUCGCUAACUAUUGCGGAUGAGAAAGACUAUCCAUUACAUUUCAUAACGGAAAGAGCGCAACAGCAUCUGAAAGCGUUAACAUCGAUUGGUCCUAGAGUAGUGGGAUAUGCAGAAAACGAAAUUCAGGCCGUCGCGUACUUGACAGAAGCGAUAAAUAGUAUUCGGCAGCUUGCUCAUGCAAGUCAUACGAUUGACUUCGAUUUACAGCUUGUAUCAGGUUCUUUCAUAUACAGCACUAUUAGUGCCUACUCAAAUGUUCAAAACAUUGUUGUAAAAUUACAUGCAAAAAAUAGUACAAACAAUAGUCUCCUUGUAAAUGCACACUUUGAUUCUGCUCCAACUAGUCCAGGUGGAAGUGAUGAUGGAAUUCAUUGUGCAAUCAUGUUAGAAGUGCUCCAGAAACUUACCCAAACGGUUAACAAUUUACAGCACAAUAUCAUUUUCCUUUUCAAUGGCGCCGAAGAAACAGGGCUACAAGCAUCCCACGGUUUUAUAACGCAACAUAAAUGGGCGAAAGAAGUUCGAGUUGUGAUCAACUUGGAAGCGACAGGCGUCGGCGGUAAAGAAAUUUUAUUUCAGUCCGGUCCAAACUCGCCAUGGUUAAUUCGUUACUACAAGAAAGUACCGCAUCCAAACGGACAGGUUUUUGGUGAAGAAAUUUUCCAAAGCGGUAUCAUUCCUUCUGACACCGAUUUUAGAAUAUUUCGAGAUUUCGGGGGAGCCAUUGGCUUUGAUUUUGCGUACGAUCGUAAUGGUUACGGAUAUCAUACAAAGUUCGAUGAUAUCGAAUAUAUUCCCAAUGGCACCUAUCAACAUACCGGGAAUAACAUCCUAGCACUAAUCAGAUAUUUGGCAAAUGCGCCAGAAUUGGCUAACAUGCAUGAGCAGGUUCGAGAAAGCGUGGUUUAUUAUGAUUUUAUGGGAUUAUUCAUGGUCUCAUAUUCGGGUUUGACAAUAACCAUUGUUAAUGUUCUUGUUUCUAUCUUCUCGUUGGCAGUGGCACUUAAAAGCUUCUAUGACUUUAAUUUAGCAUUAUCUUAUGAAUCAUUCAAAUAUAUCGGUUUAUGUAUUCUUGUUAUGCUGUCUAGUAUUAUCUUUGCUCUACUCUUUGUGCUUGGUGUUGCUGUUGUGAUUGAUUCCUUAAAAUUUAGUAUGAGUUGGUAUAAUAAUACAUGGAUUAUCUUGGGUUUAUACAGUGUCCCCAUUGUUGUUGUAUCCUCUGGUGUGGUUGCACUGUAUAACAAAUAUAAUACAAAAGUCAGUUUAGGAAUAAGCAUUCAUGCUCAACUUCAAGCACAUAUUUUACGCUUGAUAUGGACUAUUAUUGUUAUUAUUGGAACUUGUUAUGGAAUUAAAAGUACAUAUAUAAUACUGAUGAUUGUGCUUUUCCAGACCGCAUCAUUUCUUGUAAUACAUAUAUUUCGUUUACAAUAUUCUGUGCAUACAUGGGCGAUAAUACACGUUAUAUUUACCUUAAUACCAAAUAUUUUUCUAAUGAAAUGUGGUUUAGAGUUAAUCUCUCUGGUCGUGCCUUUAAGUGGUCGUAUAGGUUCUGAGCAAAAUCCUGAAAUUAUUAUUGGAGGACUAGUUUUAGCUUUAACAAUUCUAAUUUCGUCGUCUUACAUCCCAUUUCUGGCACUACUUCGAAAACCCCACCUAGUUCUGGUCAGCCUAUUAUUAGUUUUUCUGGUCUUUUUCAUUAUUGUUUUUACACCUCUUGGAUUUCCUUACAGUGAUAGCAAGGCGUCUCCAGCCCCUCAACGUUUUUGGAUUUACCAUUACCAGAAAGAACUGGAUUAUAAAAAUGGAACACGCAACAAAUCUGGCUUUCUCAUUUUCAGUUUAGACCGAAACGCGAUCAAUAGCAUUAAAAAUUACGUGCCCGAGUUGAGUAACAUGACGGAAAUUGAAGAUUGCGAUGCUUUUUUUUGUGGUAUUCCCCCUUCAUUUCAACAACCUACAUGGAUACCCGGAGACCAGCCAAUUUUACCAAGAAGUAUUGGUUUAAGACUUAAUUCACAAGUUGUUGAAGGCAGUAUGAUUACGUUUAACUUCACCGCAUUCGGUGCGCACUCUAUGGACAUUUAUGUAUCUCCGAGGGAUGGUAUUGAGUUACAAAGAAUUAGUGUUAUAGAACAUUUACCGCGUGCAAUUGUAUAUCGAAGACGACUGGUGUAUGUGAUUCAGCACCAUUGUGGUAAAGGGAAGAAGGAGUUAACAUUUACAGUUUCGAUUAAGAAGCAUGAUAUUCGGAGCUUAUAUGUGUUGGAUGUUGCAGUAGUGGGUCAAUUUCUGAACGACAAAUACUUUAAAAAAACAAAAUCUUAUGAACAUUUUCUGGAGCAAUUUCCGAGUUGGACAAUAAUUCAACCAUGCUUGGGCAGCUAUAAAUCUUGGAAGUUCUAGAUUAAUAAAUAAAUCAUUUUGUCAGGUG